AAAAACAAAUUCAAUAAAAAACAAAAACAAUAUAAAUAAAAAAAGCUAAUUUUAGUCAAAUAAAUGUCCAAAAAUUUCUCAUAAAUAGGUUAAAAGAUUUUGAAUCCUUCUAUGAAAGCACCAAAUAUAAACCAAAAAAUUUUAAUGGAUUUUGUUCAUAGUCCUAGAAGAAAAAAAAGUAAAAUUAGAUCUCCUAUAUGUCUGAAUCAGUACAAAACACCUCCUAACAAUAAUGAAGCUCAAACAAAAUACUCGCCAAGUAGUAUGGUGAACGAACUCACUGAUAAGAAAAGUAAUUUGAGCUCUUAAACGUACAAAAACGACUAAAAAGCUAUCACUAAAUAUAGUCCUAUGAUAAUAGAAAAAUCCGAACAAGAGCAAAGCAGCCAGAAAAAAAAGAAAUCAAAUAACGGGAUUAUGUAGAACUUAAUAUAAAAUAAUUUAGAAGAGCAAUAUGAUUAAUGUAGUAAAGUCUCUGAUAAUAUAUUUGGCGUUUAAUAAAUUAGCAGGAUUGAUCAAAAGUAGCAGUUUAUGAAUUAUCCGAAAAAUACGCAGGCUGCUUACUAAACUCCAACUUAGAAUUAUACGAAUAAAUCAAAACAUACUUCGAAAGGAAAAUCAUCAUAAAAAAUUAAUAGUGAAGAAAAUUUCUACAUUCUGUCUGAUGAAAGGGUAAGUGCUUUUUUGAGUAAAAACUAAAAUAAUUUUUUAUACUCACCUUUUUAUUGCUCGAAUUAAACUUUAUACGAUUAGCCUAUUUAAUACAGUAUACUUAAGCUUCAGAGUGACUCUAAUAAAUUUAUGAAUGCCUAAUCUUAGCUGCAAAACUAAAACAUAAGUAUAUCGAAUUUUAAUAAGCAGAAGGUUUAAAAAUUUAUUUUCAACAAUAACCAAACUUCUAACGAAUCUUAUCAACAAGAUCCUGUUUAAAUGUACAAAAAUAAAUAAUUCGAAUAAAAAACUAGCUUAUGCUCAGAUAAUUUAUAAUAUGCUGGAUUGAACCUCUAGUAAAUAAACCAAGAAGGAUAAAUGAAGUUAAGUGAUUCCUUAAAAUAAAAUAAAAAUAUUAACAAUUGCAUUGAAAACAAUUAAACAAAUCUGCUUACACACCAUCCAAUCAAAAAAAAUUUUACUGUAAAAUAGGGAACUAACUAAUUCAAUGAAGAUUUGUUAAAAGAUAAGUUUUAAUUUAACUAAGAAAAUACUUAUUUCAAAGACUUGACCAAAAUAGAAAGAAAAUAAUCUGGAGAAUCCAUAGAAAUAGAAAACUAAAAUGUAGCUGAGAGAUUGUUUUAAAAGUUUGAGAAUGUUAAAAUGUAAGGAAAUGAAAAAGCUGAAAUUAUGUAGAACUAAAACGAUUUUAUAAAAAAUAGACUUGAAAAGCAACAUCAAUUUAGUAGGGAUGAUUACUUUUAGAGGCUGAUAGAUGAGCUUGAAGAAAUUCAAAGUAAUUAGUAAGACUUAGUGAAUUUAAUAAAUUAAAGUACAUCCUAAAUUGAUAACAUCAACAGUUAAAUUUAUUAAGAUCUUAAUUAAAGCUUUGAAAGUUAUAUUUCAGACUAAGAGUCUAAAGAAAAAAAAAGAACAACUUAUAGUAAAUAUCAUCAUCAUCAUCAUAAUAAUAAUAAUGGAUAUAUUAUAAAUUAAUUUUGUGAAAAUGUGAACAACAUUACAGAAAUAAAAUCAAAAUUCUCAAUUUAAUCAACGAACUUGCCUUAAAAUUCUCUUUAAAAUAAUUUAAUAGGGAUUAAUACCUAAUUGGCUGAAAUUUAAAAUAAAUAGUAAAUAUAAGAAAAUGCUAUUUAUUAGUUUUUUAAGUAAAUAUAAAAACAUAGUGAUGACUCUUCAGGGUUUAUUGAAUAAUAAUAGUUCUCUCCUUCUUAAGGUGUAACUUAAAAAUUGGAAUAAAUUUAAAAGAAGUAGUUUUAAUGCAAAUUCUGUAGUAAAACUUUUAAUAAAUCUUGUUCAUUAGGAGGACAUAUUAGCAGAGUUCAUAAAGGUAAAUCAGAUCAAUAUAAAGAAAAAUAAAAAAUUAGGGAAAAGAGAUAAAUGGAGAGAUAAAGAAAAACUUACUUCAAAUAAAAAGGUCAACUAAGCUUAGCUGAAGAAAACUCUAUGCAUAGCAUACAAAGUUUAGAGAAUAAAAAAAGUAGAAAGAACAUCAAGGUGACUGAAAAAAAGUACACUGAUUCUACUUAGAUGGAGGAAGAAAGCUAAGCAUAAGAAAUUAAUAAAUAAAAUUCUAACAGUAGAAAGGAUUAAAUCAACGACAGUAUUUAUUUUCUAGAAGAAGAUGAUUUUGAGGAAAAUAAUUUAAAUUAAUUUCAUGAUUAAAAUUUUGGUUAAUUUGCAGAGGACUAAGAUGAUGAAGAUGAAUAAAUAGUUGAAGAUCAAUCUAAAAUAAUUACAAAAAAGAUUUGCAAAGAUAAAAAGAAAAAAUUUGUUGUGCCUAUUAAUAAGAAAUGCAGUAAUGAUGGUAGAGAAAAUAAAGUUUUAUAUCAUAGCAAAUAAAAUUAAGAAUAUUGA